AUGGGUGAACUUCCUCGCGAAAGAGUCACUCCUAGUAGUCCAUUUCAUAUAACUGGCAUAGAUUACGCAGGGCCAUUUUUUAUAAAGCGCAAUCGAAAAACUCAAGACAAAUGUUAUGUGGGAGUUUUUAUCUGUUUUUCCACGAAAGCAAUUCAUCUCGAGCUCAUAUCAUCUUUAUUUUCAAAAUCUUUUAUCCAAGCAUUGCGUCGUUUUACCUCUAGACGGGGCAAACCUUAUAAAAUUCUCUCGGAUAACGGAACCACGUUUGUUGGUGCUAAAAGAGAGCUCGGUCAAUUUCUAAAACAAAAUGCAUCCAAUUUAAUUGACUUAUGUGCUAACGAUAAAAUUGAGUGGUUAUUUAUACCUCCGUAUUCGCCUCAUUUCGGUGGUCUUUGGGAGGCAGGAGUUAAAAGUACCAAACACCAUCUUAAAAGGAUUCUAGCAAAUGCUCGACUUACGUUCGAAGAGUUUACUACGGUGUUGUGCCAAAUUGAAGCUAUCUUGAACUCUCGACCACUUUGCCCACUUUCUUCCGAUCCCAAUGAUUUCCUUUCUUUGACCCCGGCUCACUUUCUUAUUGGACAUCAACUGACUGCUGUACCUGACGAAGCUCUAGAAGAUGCGAAGACCAAUAGACUGACAAGUUAUCAACUUGUCCAGCAGAUGUGUCAACACUUUUGGCGACGUUGGCACCGCGAGUACAUAUCCGAAUUGCAACAAAGACAGAAAUGGAAUUGCUCACAAGGAAAACUGGAGGUUGAUAGUCUAGUUUUGAAUCAAAGAAGACAAUGCUCCUCCUACUCGGAAAAUGGGUUGCAUCAUUCGUCUUCAUCUUGGUUCUGA